UUGUCUAAUUUCUUCACACGUGGAUGAUUUCAAUUGCUUCUUUCACGAUCCAAUCUAGUGGCUACAAAAUGAUCGAAGGAUUGAAGGCAUAGCUUGUCCCUUAAAUGAAUGUCGCUCUGAAAGUGAAACAAUCAAGUCUCGUUCUUCCAUAGUUUCACGGGAUAAACAGUAACCUUAGUUUGCUUUCGAGUUUCGAGUUUGAUCUUUCACAAAAUCAAAACACUAUCAAUGGACUCAUCACCACCAGUCAGCUGGUUUUCUGACCUGGAAAUGGAUGCUCAUUACGAUUUGUUUCCCACGCUGUGCCACCUGAACUGUGUCGAUGAUGAUCAGUUUAUUUCACAAGACAUAGCCAGUACUGUUCUUCUGGGACAAUACUCGCAGCCAUCUUUGUCUUGUGAGAGCUACUCUUCACAUAAUUCAUGCACUACUGCUGAGACCAAUCAUUGUUGGAGCUCCACCAUAUCUGAUCCUUCGUCUUCUUCUCAACUCGUGUCCUUCGAUCACUCUAUUAACUCUUCAUCCCCUACUUUGAAGCCAAACAACGAAGAGUCCUCAGGUAUACAGUAUUUCUCAGUUCAAUCCCUUAAUGGGUUUUCCCAAAGUCACAACUUUGAAGCCAAAUCCAAAUCCUCUCAAGGCAUCAACAGGCCCGUUCCUCACGUCAGUGAUCACAUCAUGGCUGAGAGAAAACGAAGAGAAAAGCUCAGCCAGAGCUUCAUUGCUCUUUCUGCACUCGUCCCUGGCCUCAAAAAGAUGGACAAGGCUUCGGUGCUUGGGGACGCAAUCAAGUACGUGAAGGAGCUGAAGGAGAGAUUGAGUUUCCUGGAAGAACAGAACAAGAAAAGAAGGGUUGAAUCUGUGGUGACGUGUGAAAAGCUAGAGAGUGUUGGUGAAGAAGAAGGACCAUGGCUUCCUGAAGUGGAAGCAAGAGUGUUGGAGAAGGAAGUGCUGAUUCGAAUCCAUUGCCAGAAACAGAAGGGACUUUUGGUGAAGAUACUUGCAGAGAUUCAGAAGCUUAAUCUCUUUGCUGUCAACAGCAGCGUCUUGCCCUUCGGGGACUCCAAUCUUGACGUCACUAUUGUUGCUCAGAUGGGGGAAGGUUGCAGCUUGACGAUAAGGGAUCUCGUGAAGAACCUGCGAGUGGCUAUUUUAAGUGCAUGUGAAAUGUGAGUCCGAUGGUGCGGCCAGAUAUGAUUAAAAACUGUGACUCAAUUGAUUAACCUCUUUAUAUUCUAUAAUUUAGGAGAUUUUCAGGAUCAUGCCCGUGGGCGGAUCUCAUCCCAGUUUGUGGGCUUAUUUUGUUUUUCCAAGAGCUCAUUUAAUCGGCCGCAUAAAACUGACGGCAACUCCCACUUAUCAAGCAUGGGCUUGGCAAUAUGUUUGAUCUAAGAGACUAAUUUCUUACAAUGGGGCAAGUCAAUAUUUGAAUCCUACUAAAAGAAUUGCUCAUGUUUGGUAUUUGAUUAUUCUUUGAAUAAGAUUGUCUUUGAUAAGAAUAUACAUGAAUGCCCUGGAAAAAAAAAAGAAAAGAAAAAAGGCAUUGGCUUAGAACUUAUUAGAUCCAGAUUUUUUUGGGAAAAAGUUUUUUUUUUUUAAUUUUUGGGGGUGUGGGGGAUGGUCUUG